AAUAUAGUAUCAAAGGAACAGGAAAUGGCUGCAUUGUUAUGAUCUAUAUGUUGGCUUACUUCAGUUGGCGGUAGCCAUCUUUCCUACGAAAAUGGCUUGGACAGUUCGGACUGCCGUCAUCAAGUUGCCAUCCAGCGGUUUUGGGAUAUUACAUAAGGUGACACCAAAUACAAAAAAUAUUGCUUUAAUGCAAGCUGCUUUCAUUAGUACAAAAUAUAUACGGUCUCUUAAACCACCACCUGAACAUGGUUGUCCUAAGCCUUAUGAUUAUGUCAAUAAAAGAUAUGGUGUAUUUGCCCAACUUUUUGAUAGGAUGAUGAAUCGAUUUCAUGAAAAUUCAAAAAUCAUUGUUGUUGAUGGAACAAUUGCAUCUGGAAAGACCGAAGUAGCAAAAACUUUGGCAAAUGAAUUUGAUAUGCUGUACUCACCUGCUCCUGAUGAAGAGGAUCUUUACAUUCAUGAGUCUGGCUAUGAUUUGAGAAAGCUAAAUCAUAAGCUUCCCGAGUCACUGCAGCUAAUAGAUGUAGAAAAUUUUUUGAAAAAUCCAGAUCAUGUAAAUUCAGGGUUGUUCCAAAUCAAUAUGUAUGCUGCAAGAUAUAUGCAAUACAUCCUUGCCUUAGAACAUAUAUUAAAUACUGGACAGGGUGUAGUGAUUGAACGCUGCCCUUGGGGUGAUACAGUAUUCAUGGAUGCAAUGCAUAAAGCUGGAUAUGUAACAACGGCAACACUGACGAGUUACAGAGAAAUUAUGAAGAAUUCGUUACAUUACUUAAUGAGACCUAACUUGAUUGUAUACUUGGAUGCCCCUGUAGAAACUGUACAGCAAAAGAUUAAGCAGCGUGGCAUUCCAUACGAAGUGAAUUCAAAAGUCUUAACGAAAGAUUAUCUUCAAACCAUAGAGAAAAGUACUAGGAUAAAUUAUCUCAAGUCCCUUUCCUCUCAUGCCGAAAUAUUAAUUUAUGAUUGGUCAAAUGGAGGCGAUGCUGGAUCAAUAAUUGAGGAUAUUGAACAAAUUAAUUUCGAGACAGAGAGACAUGAUCCUAAACACGCUGACUGGAAAUUUGAUGCAGUGGAUUCAGUACGCCGUCGUCGAGUACUAUACACUAACAAUAAGAUAGAAUUAAUAAAUGCACUCAAGGUAGAUGAAGUAUGGAAUCCAGAUUUGCUCAUUACACCUGAAGAAGAUAAUAAAUAUCGCCUUGUUAUGGAUGAAAUGGAAGAAGAACUUCGGUAUCAAAAGGGAUACAAUCAUCUGAAGGGCGACAAAGUUUUAUGGAAGCUUUAAAAUGAAUGAAUUUAAAUAUUGUAUAGUAAAUAUUAGCGCUCCUCAAAUAAAACACGAACGUUUCUGUAAACACAAAACAACAUUAUUGUGUUUGGUAUCGCGUAGUAAAAUAAAUCGCGCCCUGACUCACUAACAA